CUCCCGGCGUGCCGCGCGGCUCCUGCCUUUCAGCCAUCCCUUCGCUGGUGGGAAGGAGCCGAGAUGGCGGCAACCAGCGCUGGGGCGACCCGGCUGCUCCUGCUCUUGCUGAUGGCGGUAGCAGCGCCCAGUCGAGCCCGGGGCAGCGGCUGCCGGGCCGGGACUGGUGCGCGAGGGGCCGGGGUGGAAGGCCGAGAGGGCGAGGCCUGCGGCACGGUGGGGCUGCUGCUGGAGCACUCAUUUGAGAUCGAUGACAGUGCCAACUUCCGGAAGCGGGGCUCGCUGCUUUGGAACCAGCAGGAUGGUACCUUGUCCCUGUCACAGCGGCAGCUCAGCGAGGAGGAGCGGGGCCGACUCCGGGAUGUGGCAGCCCUGAACGGCCUGUACCGGGUCCGGGUCCCGAGGCGACCUGGGGCCCUGGAUGGCCUGGAAGCUGGUGGCUACGUCUCCUCCUUUGUCCCUGCGUGCUCCCUGGUGGAGUCCCACCUCUCGGACCAGCUGACCCUGCACGUGGACGUGGCUGGCAACGUGGUGGGCGUGUCGGUGGUGACGCACCCCGGGGGCUGCCGGGGCCAUGAGGUGGAGGAUGUGGACCUGGAGCUGUUCAACACCUCGGUGCAGCUGCAGCCGCCUGCUACAGCCCCGGGCCCUGAGACGGCGGCCUUCAUCGAGCGCCUGGAGAUGGAACAGGCCCAGAAGGCCAAGAACCCCCAGGAGCAGAAGUCCUUCUUUGCCAAAUACUGGCACAUCAUCCUGGGGGGGGCCGUGUUGCUCACAGCCCUGCGUCCUGCUGCGCCAGGGCCCGCGCCACCGCCGCAAGAGGCCUGAUGGAUGUACAUCAUUCCCGUCGUCUUGUUCCUCAUGAUGUCAGGAGCGCCGGACACCGGGGGCCAGGGUGGGGGUGGGGGUGGGGGCGGUGGUGGGGGUAGUGGCCGGUGAGGGCCCAGGCUGGUCAGCUUCCCGUCCUGCACACCCAGGGGCCUCCCUUUCUGCUGGAGUCCCCUGUGUCCUCAGCCAUCCCAAGAGGGGUUUGCUGGUCCCUCCUUUCCCCCCGUCUCACGAGGCCCCUUGUCCUCUGCCUUCUUGCUGGCAGUGGAGCGGCUGGAUUGGGGCCUUUGGCACGGGAGCUGGUGUCUCCUGCGCCCGCCUCCCCCAUGGCCCCAUGCACCCCUAGGGGCUUCCCCCCUGCCUAUGGAAUAGAGCCCGAGAUCCCGGCCACUGUGCCAGCUCUGACCUCACAUCCCCCCACCCCGAGCCCGUGCAGUCUGGGAACAUGCCACCUUCUCUCCAGCCUCUGUGCCUUUGUUCCGGGUGGUCUCCCCCUCCUGUCCCUGGCUGGGUUAGGUGGUCCUGUCCAGGCUUCUGCAGCGCCCCCCUUACUUUGACACUGCACUAGGAUGCAGCCUCUCUUCUGUGUCUCCUUGAGGGGACAGAAGCAUGAAAGAGCCGGGGCUGGAUGGCCAGGGGCUUUUGGGCUUGGCUCCUAGCACGGCCCCCGCGGUCGUGGUUUGACAUGCCUGCCUGGUGCAGACAAGAAAUCCUUGCCUUUAGGGUGACAGGCCCUCCACAGGCCUCCAGACUUGAAGGAAAAGAUUUAAGAUAAAAAAAACAAAACCAACAGUUAGUGGAGUCAAAGGCCAGACACUGUAAAUAGAACCCCCUCCACCGCCCCCCGGCGCCCAGCAUCCUGCCUGGACUGCGGUGCUAUGAGGGGCUGUGGGCCUUUGCUGUGCGCUGCCCUCUCUGUAAGUCUAUUUAAAAACAUCGACAAUACAUUGAAAUGUGUGAACGUUUUGAAAAGCUACAGCUUCCAGCAGCCAAAAGCAACUGUUGUUUUGGCAAGACGGUCCUGAUGGCAAGACAGUCAAGACAGGCUUGACUGAAAUUCGCUGCUCACUUGAUACGUUAUGCAGAAACCCAAGGAAUGGCUGUCCCCAUCGUCAUGGCUGUAUGAAGCUCAGCUGUGCCGUGUGGCAGUUUAUUAAACUGGCCGCCAAAUCGACACUCAGCUGGCCUCCUGCAUUGUGUGGUUAUAAAUAGCACCCCAGUGA